AUGCACAUCAACGACUUCCCCUACGAAGUACUCACCCAGAUUCUUGAGGAGGUCACCAAGGCCAAUAUACGUGAUGGCCCCACGUAUACAUUUGGUCUCCAGCAGGCGCCACUGCCUCUCGAGAGGGCCAAGCUCCAGCGCUAUGUGAGAGGUCCGGUCCCGCCAGAGCUCCUCAAGUGGGACGCAACUGCCACUCUACGAUCAGUUUGCUGGAAGUGGCACGAGUGGGCUCUGGAGCACUCCAUCAAGGACGUCUACAUCCGUCGCUGGAAGGGCGGAGAGCGAUGGGCCGAACUUUCCAACAGGCGAGAGAGCUACCCGUUGUACGAGCUCAUUGACCGUCCAACUGGCACAGCGGUCUACCGCGACCCCUUCGCCUCUCUCAAGCGGACUGUGAGCAUCUGCAAUGACUACCCGCAGGUGGCCGCCAAGAUCAAGCGCAUGUGGGUGCACGGCUUCUACACCGCCGAGACCGACCGUCUGGUGUUCCAGUCGCUCAAGAACUGCACAAACAUCACCUCGCUCUCUCUUCCAUGGACGACCAUCCGUCACGUGGACGCCACGGCGUGGCGUGCUGUGCUCACUGGCACCGGCAAGCCACUUCAGUCGCUGGAACUCCAAUGUGUCGACCCGACUUCGCAGCAAGCAACAGACAAGGAUAACAUCGUUGAUCUGGAGCCACUGCAGUCGGUAAACUUCAGCCAGCUGCGGCGACUGAAGAUCUUUGGCGACACUAGCUUCAUGCCCAUCACCGAUGAUGAUCUUUUCGCCAUCGCUCGCACGGCCACUCAGCUGGAGGAGUUCCACUUGACCUGCAACUCCUCCAUCACCAUCGAUGGUGUCAUGGCCAUUGUCAAGGCAUCUCGGAAGACGCUCCGAGUCCUUGAGCACAGCCCGCGGUCACAGGAUGGCUUCUGGCACCCGCAUCCUGGAUCACCGAGCGACUGCGAGCAUCUCUGCGACACGUUCCGGAACUGCCCAAAGCUUGAGACUCUGUCCAUCUCUCUUCCUUCCGUGUGCUCCCAUCUCUUUUCCAACGACGAUGCGAAGUUCGCAGGUGACCUGCAGGUACGUGCUCUGCACUUGUGUGAGCACGAGGACGGUCGCUCCACUCACGAAGCUACCGACGCCCUGCAGAAGCUUCUUGAGCAAGCCCGUCGCUUUAUCCGCCUCCGCGCGCAGAGUGCUAUUCCUCGCGAACUGUACGUCGAGCUGUUCUUCGCCGAGUGCAUCUUCGAGCCCGGCUUCCAGUCCGUCCAUGGCGACUUUUCGCUGGCUCAGGUCUCGUCAGACGGGCACUGGCCACAGAACGUCGAAUUCAGCGGCAAGGGACCCUACGGAAGCACCGGCCUCUACGGAAAAGAGGAGGAGGCGCAGUUCCAGCGCAUCGACGAAGCCGAGUUCCUAGCCGGCGUCCGCAGGAGGCUCCUCUCCAUCCAAACCUGA